AUGCUGGGACAGGGCGGGAUGUCGCAGGCUCUAUAUUGGUCGAUCUACGAUCAGUCAGAGGCAGAUGCCUCGAUAGAUCAGCUCAUCGCCACAGACAGUCUUGAGAAGCUUUUGGAGGUCAAGACCCUUACGUUUGAGCUCCGCAGCCAAUCCGACAUCUUGAUCGAAUAUUUCAGUAAGCCUGCUACACUCAAAAAGCUUCUUCGCAUUAUCUUCAACGUUAAGGAGUCGAAUGAGAUUACCGAGCGUGCAAUAGAGGUCUUCUCCUGCGCCGAGAAUCUCAAAGAUAUUCUGCCUAAUCUGGUUGCAUCACAUGAGCUUCUGCAACUGCCUUUUGAGGCUCUCACGAGGAACAUUUCUAAGUUAACCACAGGUGCGACGGACCCCCUUCUUCCUGGGGAUCUCUGCAAACAGUUUGUUUAUAAUGGCUUCAACAAGCUCAUCCAUGCAAUACUCUUCUCUCCCAAGCGAGUGAUGCCAUUGGUGGAGUUUCUAAAGGCGAACAUUGGGUACAUGCGCGCCUGGGUCGCUCACACCGUCAACUCCUGUGUCACGAACUCACUGAGGGAGUUUCUCAUUGAUACCAUGGAGACCUGCCCCGAUGCAUGCAAGAGUAUUGCCGAGCUUGCCAUGUCUUCGGGUACGAUUUACGCUCUCGUAGCUUUUCUGACUUCCUCUGAUAAAUCCGUCAUUCCAUUCGAAUGCGUAACGUCUGCCAGCUCCAUUCUCUCUCAGAUCUUAUAUAAAAGGGUUCCGUAUCUCUAUAAGGUUAUCAUCGACAGAGUACCUGUUAUUGCCGAGUACGUUCUCUCGUCGCACCUCCAUGGACCCUCACUUCUCCGUCUUCCCCAAGCCAGUGACGUUAUGAUAUGUGCCCUUAGCAGUAUUGUCACGACCUUGGCCCUAAAGUAUCACGAGCUCAGCCAGGUCAUCUUUGACGCGAAGAUUCCGGAGGACGUUCACAAGAAGCGUAUGGCGGAAGCCCUUGGAUAUAUCGAAGAAGCACAUAUACCUAAACAAGCCUCCUGCUCCAAAGCAAAGGCAGACAGCAAAAAGAGUUCAUCAAGCGGAGUCAGUGGCACACCGUCUUCGUUGACUACUGAGCCAAGACUGACACCCCUCGGCAUAAAGGAGAUUGACGAGCUAGAGGCCACAUUCGCUCCGACAUUUUUCCGUGUAAUCCAAUUGUUCAGUCUUCUACCAGAGCGCCUCAACUACAUGAUGAACAUGGCACCUCCUAACACGCUGGGCAUAGGGUGCUUUGACAUGAUAAAGAUGAUCGGCCGGUUGCUUGCUAUCACUGCAGACAUUCGCGAUCAGCUGUACUUCAAGCGAACCGGCAUUAAUCCAGUUCAGGAGUGGAUCGCAGGUGAGGCCAAUGCUAACGCAAGCAACAAUUUGUUCGACUUCAGUAGAUAUGCGUGUCUCUCCAACUUUGCUCAUGCAGGCGCUGGUGGGACCUCCGACACACCAUUCGUGGACACAAUUCAGAUAGGAUCGGACGGAUCCGUCGUCCCAUUUGUUAUUACCACGUCAAGUAUAAUAUUAAAGCUGAUCAAUCUUCAAAUCCCUGCCUUCAUGAUCACACUUUUUAAGCGCUUUCCUGAGCACAGCAAUCUCCACUUUGUGAUUAGUCGUGUACUGCUGCCACUGGUAGAGUUCGUCAACUACAACUCAAAGAUUUCCAUGCAUAUAUUUAAGGAGACCACACUCCUAAAAGACAUGCACGAAGUGUCCAGUGACUACACCAUGUUCAAGCGUCGAGAUAGUAAGCUAACGUACUAUAUAACCUUUGCAAGAGCAUUUCUGCGCAUUAGCGUGAAGCUCUCCGACGAAGCAGCCAUGGAUGAGAAGCGCAAGUACGUUUCUAACAACACCUCGGCAACCCUCACUACAAUUUCAUGUCCUCAGACAGUUCCUGCUUUGGCUAACCUGCUAACAGAGGGCUACGCCGAUCUUGACGCGACAAUGUGCAACUUUCUGAUCAACAAUGAAGCGUUCAAAGAGUUCUCCAAGCUUCAUCUGGAGCCAGAAGAAUCCAUUCCGAAAACUUUUGGAGACGCUCGCCUAUCAUCUGACUACGCCGAGGCCACCCGUCAAGCUAAUGCUGCGACCGGUGGUACCUACGAUACUACCUUCUCCUGGACCUCUGGUGCUGACAACAAUUCAGACUUCCUUUUCAGCAAUUUUGGUAACUUCGCAACAACUGAUAAAGAGGAUACAGGUUUUAGCCUCUCGGGGCUGUCUGCUGCAGUUGCUGAUGUAGAGGGCGGUGAUAUCUAUGCACAGUUUGGAAACAUGUGGAGCAACUAA